UUCUUUUGUACAUUCAUGACCAGUUUGCACCCGGAUUUCGACAUGUUCGCCCCUCUUUUGGCCUUCCUCCUACUCGGAGGCGCUGCCGGUACUGCAAUCGACGGACGUAUAGUGGGCGGAAAUGAUCAGCUCAUCCGGAACGCUCCCUGGCAGGUUUCCGUUCAGAUCAGCGCACGUCACGAGUGCGGUGGAGUCAUCUACACUAAGGAGAUCGUCAUCACGGCCGGACACUGUGUCAACGGCAAGUCAGUGACCUUGAUGAAGGUGCGUGUUGGAGCAGAACAUCAUAACUAUGGCGGAACUCUAGUACCAGUGGCGGCGUACAAGAUACACGAGCAGUUUGAUUCCAAGUACUUGCAUUUUGACAUUGCUGUCCUGCGCCUUUCCACGCCUCUCACCUUGGGCCUUUCCGUCAGAGCCAUUAAUUUGGCCAAGGAGAGCCCAAGUGGAGGUGAGCUAGCUACCGUCACUGGCUGGGGAUACACGAGUCCGGAUGGAGCGCUUGCCGAUGACCUGCAGACGGUCCAGCUGGAAAUCAUCGAACGUGGAGAAUGCGCCUCGGAUAAGUUCGGAUAUGGCUGGGACUUCGUGGGCGAGGAAACUAUCUGCGCCGCUAAUACUGUUGGAGAUUCUUGCUCAGGUGACGCCGGAGGACCUAUGGUGGCCAACAAAGUUCUGGUUGGCAUCGUUUCUUGGGGAUAUACGUGUGCGGAUAAAAACUACCCGAGCGUCUAUGUGGAUGUGGCCACCCUUCGUCCUUGGAUAGUUAAGGCUGCCAAUGCUAUUUAAAACAUCUGUAAGGAUUCAAAUAAAUGCUUUAAAAAAAAACAUCGCCCCCCAGGUGGAAUCGAACCACUUCGACGCUAAUCGACUACGGAUUUGAAGUCCGCACCCCGGACCACCGAAGCUCAGUGGGGCACUUCUAUUGUUCAUGAUUCACCUUUUAAAUAAAGAGUUGGCUGAAAAAGCA